AAUGGAUAUUGGUACAAGAACUGAAACAAAACGAGCUCUUAGGAAUUGUGUUUUCGAGAAUUUCCAACGACGAAGAGCUCGAGAUAAAUUAUUAUUCUGUCAUAAUAUGUAUUUUAUGACAUGAUAUUUUUGGUUUCUGACUCACGACCUACUGUACAAGAAAAGGAAACUUCUUGUAAAAAAAAUUUGGUUCCAAGGCCGAAAGAGCUCUGGUCCUGUCAAAGAGGGAUACGUUCUUGAAAAUGAAGCGAAAAUUCUCAUGUUUUGGUGGAAGGAUUAAGAGUUUGACAAUACCGGAGGCUGUUUCCAGAGUGAUAAAAGUUCACAGGAAAAAUGCUUUUCCAAAAGUGUUUACAUAUCGACAUCUGUUAGGCUCGAUGGAUCAAAUCACAUCCGGACUUCGCUGGGGCUACAAAGACUAUUAGCCGUAUUUUGCCCAUUUAACUCAUCAAAAAUACCAUCUAAAAAGUUUUAAUCAUGGUUUAUCGAUAGAAACCACUUUGUGAUUGCAUAUUCUGGUGAAUUCAUUCGUUUGGUCUGACAAAAGUCCUUCAACAUUCAACAUCUAUUUUCUAAUCCUUUUUGACAUUUAAACAAGCAAGCAAUGGCAGAGGCUACAUCAUUGAGCACUUCAUCAGCAAACAGCCAACAGCUUUCAGAAUCACAAACAUGCAGGAAACGAUUGCCAGAAAUACCACCAGAGGAAUUGGCCAAAUAUGGAAGCAAGAAAAUUCCUCAUGAACUUCCUCCGGAGGUACAAGCAGAGUUUAGACGCCGUCAGUUUAGGAACAGUUUGCAUAAGAGAUCAAGGUCCUUGUCUGGAAUUGAGGGGAUUGAGUUUUAUAAAGAAGAAGAGACGACUUCUCAGUUAACUGAAGACACUGUUCAAGGUCAACAGAAGGAAAAUCUUGCUCCAUGUGCUAACAAUAAUGCAGUGUCCUUACCCAAUACUCCAGCAAGCAAAAGAAGAAGCAGUGAUAGUUCAAAACCAUUGUCCAAUGAGACAGAAGAUCAGGAAAUCUUAAAAGAGUUACGCUGGCAUUACAAGCAGUACCUCAAGGCUUCUAAGAGAAAAAAAGAAAAACAACCUGAGGGGAUUUCACAGUCUAAUGCCGGUAAGGUUGUCAGUGCAGUACAAGUGGUAUUAACUGAGGCUUCCCAAGAUUCCAGCCCACCAAUCAAAGCCAACAGAUGUGACAGAUGUAGCCAGUCAGUAGACAUCCUCCAGCGAGUGGCUGUAGAGAACCAUGUGUUUCACAAGAGCUGUUUUAUCUGUGCCAUCUGCAGCUCGUGGUUGAAUCACUUCAACUAUUGCUUCGUCCCUGACCAUGAUAAGUUUUAUUGUAUUCAACACUACCAGGAUAUUGAAAGUGCCUCGGCGGGACUUGAUGAUCAGAUACGGCAUGCUUUGGGUAUUGGUCCUGGAGUACAACAACAGUUUAACUAUGUACCAGAUUCUGUGGAUAGUAAGCCAAAGGCAGGUGGAGACAAAGCUUCCAGCAAAGCUCAAAACACUUUGAAUGUCAUGAAAGAAAAGAUUUCCCUUCUUAGCAAGCGAGGGAGAAAGCUCGAGAAGAAAAGUAAAAAACUACGAAAACAAAUAGAUGGAUUCAAAGGGAAUGAAAUGGAGAAAGGAAAGCUGUGGGAAGAAUGGUUUGAGAAUGAACGUGAGAAGUAUACCACUUUCAGAAGGGAGGCAGAAUUAACUUUUAAGGUGCGAGAGACAGAGUUGUCAGAGAAGUAUCACGAUCUGGAGAAGAAGCUACGUUCUAUCACUGAAAAAACAGAGAACAGCAAGACCGAGUAUGAUAAAUCCAACGAGAAAGAACUGUUGCAGGAAAUGCUUGUCGUGGUCGAAAAGAGAGAGCACUUGAUCUCAGAAAUGGAAGCAGCUCAACACAAAUACAACGAAGAAGACAAACAGCUCGAAAAGCAAAAAGACGACAUUGGAAUCAACCGUCCAGACAUUAUUAAACACGCUACAGCGGCAGACAAAGAAGCUAAAAAAGUAUCUGAAGCUGUGAAAAACGCCCCGGCGACUAUCAAGAAACAAUCAAUGUUUGGGUGCUGUAUCUUGUUGUGAGAAUCAAGGUCUAUUUGUCAUUAAUAAUCAAUAAUUGAUAUUCAAUAACGAUUUAUCAUUUAGAUGUCGUAUGACUCUGAAAACUGAAUUAUAAUUCAUGAUAAUUUGUCUUACCAACCAUAUAUUUAAUACAUAUGUUCCGAGCUUUCGGCCUACUUGGCCAUCCUCAGGGAAAUAAAAAACAUUACAUAUUGACAAAGAAAAA